GAGGGGGCCUAACUUUUUGACUGCAGGAAAAAGUUCUAUGAAGUUGGGAAAUUUCUUGUGAGUUUGUUGCUAUGGAGUGGGCAGAUUUCUUCUUGGUGGCAACAACAACCUUGGGCUUCAUUAUUACAUGCAAACAUCUCAUCCAUGUUCUCAACUGGGUAUGGGUAAUGUUCCUGAGACUGCCAAAACAACUCAAACAAUAUGGUUCAUGGGCUGUAAUCACCGGCUCCACUGAUGGAAUCGGCAAAGCCAUGUCCUUUGAGUUAGCAUCUCAGGGACUCAACCUUCUAUUAAUCGGUCGAAACCCUACAAAGCUUGAGGCGACAUCGAAGGAGAUAAGAGAUAAGUACCAUGUUGAGGUGAAGAUUUUGGUGCUGGACAUGCAGUAUGUGAAGGGAGAGGAAAUGGGAAAAUUAAUUGUGGAAGCCAUUGAUGGUUUGGAUGUUGGUUUGGUAGUUAAUAGUGCAGGAUUGGCGUACCCUUAUGCUAGAUUCUUUCAUGAGGUUGAUGCGGAGCUUAUGGAUGCUGUUGUGAAAGUGAAUGUGGAGGGAUUGACUUGGGUCACCAAAGCUGUGCUUCCAGGCAUGAUCAAGAAGAAAAAAGGAGCAAUUGUGAACAUUGGUUCUGGUUCCACUUUUGUGCUUCCUUCUUAUCCUCUCGUCACUCUUUAUGCUGCUACAAAAGCAUAUCUUGCAAUGUUCUCGAGAUGCAUCAGUUUAGAAUACAAGCAUCACGGAAUUGACAUCCAGUGUCAGAUUCCAUUAUUUGUGUCAACAAAGAUGAGCAAGAUGGGGUCCUCUCUUUUUGUUCCAACGCCGGAAAUGUAUAGCAAAUCAUGCACAAGAUGGAUUGGCUACGAAAACCUGGUUGUGCCAUAUUUUCUUCAUUCUCUGCAGGGGUUUCUCAUAAGUGCAAUUCCUGAUGCAUUGGUGGAUUCAUUCAUGUUGCGUUAUUUCCUUUACUUUCGCAGAAGAGGAUUUCUCAAGGACUCCAAAAUUAAAGGAUCAAAGGCAUCAUCUACAUCUGAAGCUAACAUCACUCCAUGAUUAAUGACUUAAUGUCACAAUAUAAUUUUCCAAUAACAACUUCUCCAUAUUAGAAUUUUGUGUCAUGGUGGUCCCAUCGAAUCACAUGGUAUUUUUCUUUUCUCUUAGAGCAUCUCCAAUGGGGUUGCUUAAAUCCAGUUGGCAACUUAAGCAACGUUCCUUAUUUUGAAGCACCACUGGAGCAACAUGACGUGGCAGUUGGAUUGCUUAUUUAAGCAACGGUUGCUUAUUUUCUCUCUCCUUACUUUUUGACUAAAAAAUUAUAUUUUCUCUUUCAUUCAUGUACUUGUAUAGUGUCAUUACCUUGAAAUAAUAUAAAUAUAAGAGAUAUAAUGGGACCCAACUAAAAGUAAACUAAGCAACCGUGGUUGGAGCGAAUUCUGCUUGGGUUGCUUAAAUUCUAUGUGUCAAUCUGGACCCACCGAAAUAGUUUUUAAGCAACUCAACUAACAACUAUGCAUUGGAGAUGCUCUUAGAUUGAACUUGUGGUGGAUCGUUUGCCUAUUUAAUGCUAUAACUUUCUCUGGUUACAUGA